AUGGUUAAUUUUCCUCAAUGUACAAUUGCACAUAAUCCACGUUUACCGGAACAUUGUGUUGAAUGGGUUACAAGUAUUCUUUGGCCGAAAGAACAACCAUUUGGUCCAGAUGUUAAAAUCGACGGUGAUAGUGUUG